AUGGCCGCUCCUCGAUCCACCUCGUUGCGAGCUCUGCGUGCUCUGUCGCAGCAGAGCCCGUCUGCGACCACGCUGUACUGCCGUCGUCGCUUGCACAUCACUGGCGCCUUCUCUGCGCAGCCGGCCAACAGCUCGGACAAGACCACUCUGUACGCCUCCCGCACCCUUGCGGACCUCAAACUGGAAUGCGAGCGACGGGCUCUGAGGACGUCCGGGACGAAAUCGGAGCUCAUUGAACGGCUGUCCAACCACGACCUGCUCCAGUCUCGCGCCUUCAGCAUUGCCAUGAAGCGGAUCGACGGGAAUGCGUUUGGGGGGCAGUCGAAGAGCCGCCAAUUCAACACGUCCCGCGCGAACAAGGCGGUAAAAGACUCGUCGACGAUGGACUUUGUCUACAUGCCGUCGAUGGCCUCGCUGGAAGGGCCGGAAACCAACUCAUAUCCUCGCAUUCCCCUCGUCUCUGACGCAUAUUCCACCUCGCCAAUGAAGCCUCAGAUCCACGCUGUCUCCGAGCUUGCGUCCGACACGUCGGCCAGCCCGAUGAGCGAGGUGGUCGACAAUCACUCCGUGGAGAUUGAUCCUUUCAGACUCACGGAGACGGUGGGGCGGUCCCGGGAUGGUGAGAACCAGCAGAAGCUGGCCGCCAACCAGCGGGAAAAGGGCGUGAUCGGGGAGUUGUGGAGUGGGUUUCUCGAGGAUCUGUUAGGGCCGAAGGGGAACAGUAGUAGUUCGCUCAAAAAGUGA